CCUCGCGACCUCCCGCGCCGCCACCUCCCGCACCCGUGCCGCCUCUUCUCCCCUUUGCUCCGGCUACCUCGCGCAAGGUGCACGGGCCCGAAACCCUAACACCAGCGGUGACGAUGGCGGCGGCACCGGCAGGCGGCGCCGCGCGGGCGCUUUCCCAGAAGGAGCUGGACAUCCAGAUGAUGCUCGCCGCCGACGUCCACCUCGGCACCAAGAACUGCGACUUCCAGAUGGAGCGCUACGUCUUCAAGCGCCGCACCGACGGUAUUUACAUUAUUAACCUUGGCAAGACCUGGGAGAAACUUCAGUUGGCCGCGAGGGUGAUUGUUGCAAUUGAGAACCCCCAGGACAUCAUCGUGCAGUCUGCUAGGCCUUAUGGCCAGAGGGCUGUCCUCAAGUUUGCGCAGUACACUGGUGCUCAUGCCAUUGCUGGCAGGCACACUCCUGGUACAUUCACCAACCAGUUGCAAACCUCUUUCAGCGAGCCGCGUCUUCUUAUCCUGACUGACCCCAGGACUGAUCAUCAGCCCAUUAAGGAGUCUGCACUUGGAAACAUCCCCACAAUUGCCUUCUGCGACACUGACUCGCCUAUGCGCUACGUUGAUAUCGGCAUCCCCGCCAAUAACAAGGGGAAGCAGAGCAUUGGCUGUUUGUUCUGGCUACUUGCCAGGAUGGUUCUCCAAAUGCGUGGUACAAUUCUCCCAGGACACAAGUGGGAUAUCAUGGUUGAUCUGUUUUUCUACAGAGACCCAGAGGAAGCAAAGGAGCAGGAGGAAGAAGAGGCUCUGGUUGCCCCUGACUACGGCGCAGUUGCUGAAUAUACUGCCCCAGGGACUGACAACUGGGGUGGUGAUUGGGGGGCUGGUGAUGCUGCAGCUCCACCUGCUGCCAUUCCAGCACCAACUGGUGCCGACUGGACUGCUGCUCCAGCUCCUCCAACUGAUGGUGUCUGGGAUGCAGCUGCUGCCCCACCGCCUGCAGCCGCCGCCCCUGGAUGGGAACAAGGCGCUGCCCCUGUCGCGACACCCACUCCUAACUGGGGGUAGAAGAGUAAUCACGCACGCCUGAUGAGCCAAAUUGCUGAUGACACUGGUUGAGUAGCUUGAAUUUUUCACAGUAAUGAGUUAGAUGCAAAUCAAAAUUUUGUGUUAUUGACUCUGCUGGGACAGCGAGUGAACCGGCCCUUUUUUGUUACCUCAAAUGGAUAGCACUAUUUUAAGCGCAUUUUGAAAACUGUAUGUCGUUCAUUGCAGCAAAAUGUUUCACCUGCUCGCUGACUGUA